AGAAUGCUUAUAUAUACUUUCUCAAUCAUUGCUACGUUGAUACUGAAGUUGAGAUGAAGGAAAUUUACACCAGUAAUCAUAUGUGGAGGUUGUUUGAGAACUUUCUUGUAGAUAUGGCGAUGGUGUGUAAUUCAACUCAUGACCGCAAACACGCCGAUAUUAUGCUGGAGAAGUACAUCACUGAGACUGUGUGUAACAUCAUCACCGCAUUCUUUAGCUCGCCAUUCUACGACCAAAUCACCACAGUACAGGUACGUGCACUAGCACAUUCACCCAUUAUCAAACCGUUUUCAAAAAAUGUUCAAUGUUUAACCGACUACUUUUAAGGUGGUAGAUGUAGAAGAUACUAGAAUACUUUAUUAAACAAGUGUUAGUAAUCUCAAAAGCUCCGAUGAGGGCAGUCUAAUAGAGGCAGUA